AUGAGCUUUAAUGAAUUCAAUCAGGCUUUCGAGCAGUUUGGACAGGUGAAUGGAGGUGAUUUCUGCGAUGUCGCUCCAAUCAACAACAGUGGAACAGGACAAGACGGGAUGUCCCAUCAAUUGUCGUCAGGGUGUGAAGGACUGAUUCCUGAUGUUCAACAUGGACACCCACCAAGCAUCGGAUUAGAGGAAAACGACACCAUUUGUCAAUCGCUUAUUCCCAUUUGCAUGCAAGCAAUAUCUCAGGAAAAUUUCCAUUCGAAUCGAGCAGUUCUUCCAGAACAUUCUCCACCUAUACUGCAUACAACGAUUCAUGUGGCUCGAGGCAUUCCAGUUCAGAUUGAAUCAAUAAGUCGCGCCGAUGUGAAUCAGAAAAGGGUUGCAGAAACUGGACAAAAUCAGAAUGAAACGCAUCUUCAAAAAGCUCCAAGAUACGUGGAACCCAAGUUCGAGGAAUUCGAAAAGUCACUGAAGGGAUAUACAGAUCAGAUGUUUUUCAACCCGGAAUCAUUGUUCAACAACUUUGAAGUUUCCCAGCACAGUUUGUUUUUGGAGCAGCCGAUGAACUACAAAGAAGAAAGAGUGACACAUGAGUUGGACGACGAUACGCUCCGAAACGUUGGAGCACCGGCGUUCAAUUAUGGAUAUGGAGGUUUCCCUAUACCUUCCCUUCCGGGAAAAGAGGAUACUGAAUAUCACGAAGAAGGUGAGUUGAAUCAGUUUUUAUUUAAAAAGAAAUCCCCAUCAAUCAAUUCGUUUUCAGCAACCAAAUGGAUCAAAAAACGUGAAAUUGAGAAGAAGCAAUUAUUGAUGGGAACAGUUGAUAGACUUCAGAUGGAAGUAAACAAAAAACGGUCAGAGAUUGAAGAAAUCAUUGAAAAUACCGAAAAACAAACGAGAGAUGAUGCGAAAUUGUUGGAGAGAAAAUCUAUAUAUUUCUUUGUUGAAGAAACAGACGCCCAGAAAAAGGACAGAAAAUGGAGAUCCAAAUUUCUCUCUCAUUUUGGUAAUGUAAAAGACUUACCACUGGAUCAGCUCAUGGUCAGGCUUAAAAACGCCCUCCGGGAAAAAAAGCAACUUCAGAAAAGGCGUGAGUCAAAGGAAAUCAUUAAAAAAGUGGAAGAAGAUAUAAGAGUGGCAGAAAGAUUUUUGGGCAGAGCUUCUACGUAUUUCAUCAAUGAACAAGAACUAGAACAAGCUUUCAGGGAAAUGAGACCAAUUAUCCAAUUUGAUAACAAGCUGAAACGUUGCCUGAAUGAGAGAGAUACACUUUGGAAGGAGAUAAUGGAAACGAAUUGUGUAAAAACGACUCUAAAUCACCAGUUCACCGAUGUGCUCAAUAUGGAGAAAGACACAGAGCAAUGGAGACCAAGCAAAGUUGUCUCAAUUCCAUGGGUUUUUCGAUUCCAAAAGUCAUCUGGUCUUUACCACUUGACCGUAGAUUUUGAGCCACUUGUUCCAGUUACAUCCGGAUUCAUAGCAACUGUCCGGCCCACCAUGGGAACGAAAAAACUGCAUGUUUCCACGUUCAAAUAUUUUGAUAUAUGGGAUUCUACACGAAUUUUUGAAAAGACGAUCAUAAAGGAAGAGAUUGAAAAAUUUUUGGAAGAUGGUAAUCUCUCAAUGAAGCUCAAAGUUUGUGUCAAGUCAGGAAAUGAUUUGAGAGAGCGAUUGGAAUUCAACAAAUCUGAAGAAAGAGAUACAUGUGUUGUAGUUGAAGACCAGCAUUUUUAUGUUUCCAAAAUGGUGAAUUUUAAGAUUUCAAUACAUUUUCACUUACGCUUUUUUCAGGAGCUGGCGUCUCUAUCUCCAGUUUUUGACAGAAUGUUUUUCGGAGGAUUUGAAGAAUCCAGAAAAUCAGAAAUUACCUUUCAAGGCAUAUUCGCCUCAGAUUUUCAUGAUUUCCUAGAAUUUUGCUUUAAUGGAGGAAGACUUAACAACGGGACAGUUAGAGGGAUCGCUGAUGUCGCUGAAAUGUUUGAUAUCGAGGCUGUUCGGCUAAUGUGCAUCAACUUCAUUUCACAGAAUAGAGAGUAUUCCACCAAAGAAAAGAGACAAUUUGGGAAGGAAUUUGACAUACCGGAAUUGAAGAACUAUGUCCGCCAACAAUGA